CCUGGACUUUGGGGCGCUGGAGGCUCACGCGCGCUACGAGGGCGGCUACCACCGGCAGCACCCCGUCAUAGUGUGGUUCUGGCAGGUUCUGUCCGAGCUUGACCUGGACGCCAAGCGCCGCUUCCUGGCCUUCACCACCGGCUGCGACCGGGCCCCGGUGGCGGGACUGGGGGCGCUGGUGCUGACCAUACAGCGAUCAGGUCCCGACUCCGCCCGGCUGCCCAGCGCCCACACUUGCUUCACCACGCUGCUGCUGCCCGAGUACGGCAGCCGAGGCAAGCUGCGAGCCAAGCUGCUGACGGCCAUCGAGAACGCGCAGGGAUUUGG